GCCGCGCGUGGCGCGGGGCGGCACUUCCGGGCGGCGCGGCCUAGCGGCGCCGUUGUUCCGCAGCCAUGGAGAUGCCGCUGCCGCCGCCGCCCGACGACCAGGAGCUGCGGAAUGUCAUCGACAAGCUGGCGCAGUUCGUGGCGCGGAACGGGCCCGAGUUCGAGAAGAUGACGAUGGAGAAGCAGAAGGAGAACCCCAAGUUCUCCUUCCUCUUUGGGGGCGACUUCUACGGCUACUACAAGUACAAGUUGGCCCUGGAGCAGCAGCAGCUGUUGUGCAAGCAAAAUCAAGAUAUGGAGGUUACCACACAGAUCCAGCCACUGCCACAGCCAUCUCUGCCACCAGCUGCACCUAUCCCAGCUCCUCAGGGCACUCCCUCCAUGGAGGAACUUAUCCAGCAGAGUCAGUGGAACCUGCAGCAGCAGGAGCAGCAUCUCCUUGCAAUGAGACAGGAGCAAGUCACCUCAGCAGUGGCCCUGGCAAUCGAGCAACAGAUGCAAAAGGUUUUGGAGGAAACUCAGUUAGAUAUGAACGAAUUCGACAACUUGUUGCAGCCAAUAAUUGACACUUGUACGAAAGAUGCCAUCUCAGCUGGCAAGAACUGGAUGUUCAGUAAUGCAAAGUCCCCUGCACACUGCGAGCUGAUGGCUGGGCACCUGCGCAACCGCAUCACGGCAGAGGGAGCUCACUUCGAGCUGCGCCUGCACCUCAUCUACCUGAUCAAUGACGUGUUGCAUCACUGCCAGCGGAAGCAAGCGCGAGAUCUUCUGGCUGCUUUGCAGAAGGUGGUUGUGCCCAUCUAUUGUACCAGCUUUCUAGCAGUGGAGGAGGAUAAGCAGCAGAAAAUUGCCAGACUUCUUCAACUUUGGGAGAAAAAUGGUUACUUUGAUGAGUCGAUUAUUCAGCAGUUACAGAGCCCAGCUCUUGGACUUGGCCAGUACCAGGCAAAUUUGAUCACUGAAUAUGCAACAGUAGUCCAGCCUGUACAGGUAGCCUUCCAGCAGCAGAUACAGAACCUGAAAACACAACAUGAAGAGUUUGUGAACAGCUUAACACAGCAGCAGCAGCAGCAACAAAUGCAAAUACCACCUCUAGAGAACGAGGUGAAAUCAACACCUCCACCUCAGGCCCCCACAGCAGCACCAGCCUCUGCUCCACCGUCUGCUCCGGUGACACAAGCAGAUGAUGGUAAAUCUCUGGCUGGUUCUACAGAGUAUGACACAGCGGGAUCUGGAGUGCAGGAUCCUGCCUCUGGUGGGCCACGUGGUCCUGGAUCCCAUGAUCAGAUCCCUCCAAAUAAACCACCCUGGUUUGACCAACCUCACCCUGUUGCACCGUGGGGUCAACAGCAGGGCCCCCCUCAUUGUCCUCCCUGGAACAACAACCAUGAAGGGAUGUGGAAUGAACAGAGAGAUCAAGGCUGGAACAACCAGCGGGAGACGCCUUGGAACAACCAGCCGGAUCCUUCUUGGAACAACCAGUUUGAAGCGCCGUGGAACAACCAGCACGAGCAGCCUCCAUGGGGUGGGGGUCAGAGGGAGCCUCCAUUUCGAAUGCAGCGGCCACCUCACUUCAGAGGCCCAUUUCCUCCACAUCAGCAACAUCCCCAAUUCAACCAGCCCCCACAUCCGCAUAAUUUCAACCGCUUUCCACCUCGCUUCAUGCAGGAUGAUUUCCCACCUCGCCAUCCCUUUGAAAGGCCUCCUUACCCUCAUCGGUUUGAUUACCCCCAGGGGGAUUUUCCUCAAGAAAUUGGACCUCCUCACCAUCACCCUGGUCACAGAUUGCCUCAUCCUGGAAUCAGUGAGCAUCCUCCCUGGGGAGGGCCACAGCACCCCGAUUUUGGGCCUCCCCCACACGGCUUUAACGGGCAGCCUCCUCACAUGCGGCGGCAGGGGCCCCCGCACAUGAACCACGACGACCCCAGUCUGGUGCCAAACGUUCCCUACUUUGAUCUCCCCGCUGGUCUGAUGGCUCCACUUGUCAAACUUGAAGACCACGAGUAUAAACCUUUAGAUCCUAAAGAUAUACGUCUUCCACCCCCGAUGCCUCCCAGUGAGAGACUGCUGGCGGCGGUUGAGGCAUUUUAUAGUCCACCAUCUCAUGACAGGCCUAGAAACAGCGAGGGCUGGGAGCAGAACGGACUCUACGAAUUCUUCAGAGCUAAAAUGAGAGCGAGGCGGAGGAAAGGGCAGGAGAAGAGAAACAGUGGGCCCUCUCGCUCCCGCAGCCGCUCCAAGAGCCGAGGCCGCUCCUCCUCGCGCUCCAAUUCCCGCUCCUCCAAGUCCUCCGGCUCCUACUCGAGGUCCCGCUCCCGCUCCUGCUCCCGCUCCCGAUCCUAUUCCCGCUCUCAGUCCAGGAGCCGCAGCAGGUCGCGCUCGUCCCGCAGCCGCUCGCGGUCGCGCUCGCGAUCCAGAUCCAAGUCGUACUCGCCCGGACGCCGGCGCCGCUCCCGCUCCCGCAGCCCCACCCCUCCUUCUUCUGCUGGUUUGGGCUCCAGUUCGGGGCCUCCUGUACCGGAGUCCAGGCUUGGGGAGGAGAACAAAGGCCAUCAGAUGCUGGUGAAAAUGGGAUGGAGUGGCUCUGGUGGAUUGGGAGCCAAGGAACAAGGAAUUCAGGAUCCAAUUAAAGGAGGGGAUAUCCGAGACAAAUGGGAUCAGUACAAGGGGGUGGGAGUUGCCUUGGACGACCCCUACGAAAACUACCGCAGAAAUAAAAGCUACUCGUUCAUCGCCCGCAUGAAGGCCAGAGACGAGUCUGGUGCCGGGUUCUGCCAAAGCCAGGACCGUCACAAAUUCACUGCAGAGCCAGAAGGGUUCAGAAAGAGUGGAGGUGCUUCUUAGGAGAUGAAGACACUUAAGCCCAUGGAUGGAUUUGUGCAGAGGGUCUGUUCCACACAACAAGCGAGCGCCGACGGCUGGAAGGGAAAAACGGUGGCAAGCUCAGUGAGGAGUCAUUUGUGCCUCUGGCUGCAGCAGAUCUGUGUCAUAAAAUGGGUUCAAAUAAAGCUCAAAAAAAUCCUUAUUAAUAGAGGCCAGGUGCCAUGAGCCAUUUCAGACAGCUUGGGCAACUGCAGAACACGUGAGAGCUCUUUUCCCCUGUUGUUUCAGUGAAGCACAAGCCCCUCCAGCACCCCAGUAAGACUGAAGAAAGAUGUCUGGUAUCUUCCACAAAACAUUAAACUUGUAUAAAUCUGGAUUCAUGUCUGGAGGAAGUGAUAAACGAGCUACUUUUAAAAUUAGGCUGAAAAGGGAAAGCUAUGCCCUGUACUUCCCCAGCUGGGUGUUCCCACAGGCCAGCCCUGACUGACAGGUUGAGCAAGCUUAAGCAUUUCCAUUUCUCUUUCAAAGCUUUUACAGCAGUUGCCCAUUUUACAGCAGAACUGAAGCCCAGCCAGGCUGCCCCCACGGCACAGCCCAGCUCUGCUCAUUCCUGUGGAAUACAGCCCCUGUCUGGUGCAGUUCCCUGUUCUCCUGUCCCUUAAUGUGUGCUCAUGUCCCUCAAAAGGUUAAUCCUGUUUCAGGGGAGGGGUGCUGCCUUGAGCUGGAGUCAGACUGAUGCUGAGCAGUGUAUGCUAAUGUCUAAAGAGGGAAUGAAGCACCUGGUUCCAGUACAGGUGCCCUGUGAGCACUGUGCAAACGUGUUUAGAACCUGCCCUCCAGCUUUACCCCCCUCCCAGCAGCCGCCACAGUCACCACUCAGAACACCAGGGGUCAACGGGAGCGUGUCCAGCCUCUGAGGGAUGUUCAGUGCUUUGUACUGGGAGACACUCUUUAAGCUUUUUAUAUUUUUGUAUAUACCCUUUAAUAAAAGCUCAUUAGUUCAAGAGAAGAGAAUCCAUUUUGUCUGCUCUGCCCCUUUCUCCCACUGACACGUUCGUGGAAAGUUCCUUUAAUCUAAGUGAGGAAAAAGAAACCCCAAACCCUUUUGUACCUGUUUCCAGAGCCCAGCAGCUGGAGAGGGGACGUUGGGCCCUUGCACUGUGCUUCCACUCCGCAGUAACCUCUUCACAGUCGUUGUUUGUGUAGUAGCAACCCUCCUCCUGCAGUUAAUUGGGUGAACUAGCAGUUUGUUUAGAUGGGCUGUUGUCGUGGCACUGUAGCCAGCUGUGAGUCAGCGUUCGGCACCUGGAUGUUACCAAUGUGUGAAUGUUAUUGUUUUGCCCUUCCAAUAAACACUUUUUACAAACAUA